UUAAGAGGUCAGGCCGUCAUCAGACACGCAAGAUUUUCCAAAUCAUUAAAAACAAAGGAAAAAAAAACCCAGAGGGGUGACGCUCCUGCGACUGUGGUUCUCCGGUCUGGUAAUAAGCGAGUGCUGCUACUGUGAUUAGAUCAAUUUUCAAGAAUGUAUAGGAUUCUGAUACAAAAUGUUUCUCCUGGAGCUUUGGGAGUUUCUUCUUUUACGGAUUUAGCCAAGUCACAGAAAUGGAUUCGAGCUGUGGUACCUAAACCUACGAGUUAUACGACUAAUGUGACUACAAGAAGAGGGGUAUUGGCUUUUGAAAGAGAACUCACACCCUUAUGGGGCAUCGGUGAUAAUUUGCUUUUAGGUACUCCAGCUAGUUCAAAUAUGAGGAGGGGAGGGGCUUUGAACUAUAAAUUUAUUAGGCAAUUUUCUUUGUCCCAUGUGGAAGAAAAUUUCCUACUUAAGAGUGGCUUGGAAAUUGGAAACAAGCAUGAUCUUCCUUCCCCACCCGCAGUAGAGCUUGCUUCAUCCGAAGGAGAGCAACUUUUGUUAGAAGCUUUUCAAGCAGGAAGUGCAAAAGGUUUUGUUCAUGUGUUUGGCUCAUAUGUAGCAUUGUCAGAGCCUGGAUUGUAUGGACUGGCCAGCAUCUCCACUGUCUUGAAUGCCCUUCGACCUACGUCAGGCAGUUGGAGAUGUUGUUUUGAAUUUUUGUUGGAUUCUUGUGACAAUUUUGAAAAGGUCAUAGCUGAAGGACUUGGAUUCGGUAAACUUGCUUUUUUGGCUCAUUGCAAUGGAGCUAAAGUUGAAGUUUUUCAAACGAAUCUAUGCACUAUUGAUGACUUUCGCAAUUAUGUCUUGAAAUGUGCAACUUCAACGGAUUAUCAUAUGGUCUCAUACUUUGAUAGAUCCCACUUCAAACAGAUUGGUGGCAGUCAUAUUUCUCCAAUUGGUGCAUAUCAUGGUGGACGGGAUUUGGUACUUGUUAUGGAUGUUUCUCGAUUUGAGUAUCCUCCUUUCUGGAUUCCACUGACACUUCUUUGGCAAGCCAUGACUUCAAUUGACAAAGCAACUGGAAAUCACAUGGGGUUUAUGGUUCUAACAUGGCUUCCCUAUGAUCCUUGCGUGCUUUAUACACUGAGCUGUCGUGAUGGGAGUUGGAUCAGGACUGCAAAUCAUCUUUCACAAAUACCCCUUCUACUAGAGUCAGAGGAUGUAAAAGAUGUUAAUCAAAUUCUAUCCGUUCUAUUUAUGUCAGUCUCUACCAAUUUCAGUGUGUUUAUUAAGCAAGUUGCUGAAGCCCAAGGGAAGGACGGGCAUGUUCAUUCAAGCAAAAGGAAGAGGAAAAGGCUUACUACCCAGGGCCAGUUAUUAAUGCAAUUACGGGAGACAGAAUUGCAUAAGCGAGUCAGCAAAUGGAUGGAUUCUAUGAAUUCUGAUAGCGGAUUUGUGACAAGUUCUGGCAAUCAGCAUGCUUUGCUUGAGAUUGCAGCAAAUGUGGCUUCGGAUGGGGUCAAGCAUUCAACAUUGAACCCUGGUUCUUCUGGUCGAUUAUACUCUACAGAUUCAGUGGGUUCUUCAAAAGGCAAUUAUGAAAGAGUCUCUGUUGAAAUGAGUGAGCCAGUUACCUGCAGCAGGGAGCAAGGGCCUGGUAAAAUGAUCCAAACUAUUGAUCCAAGUCCGAGUGGCUGCAGUGUAAACAAUGGCCAUUUUAUUUGCAAAGAUGCUCUAACGAUGUUGUUGUUGGCCCUGCCCUCUCAUAUGUGGUCUGGAAUUAAGGAACCAAACCUAUCUGCAGAGUUUAACAGCCUUGUAUCAAUAGAGAGUGUUCCUCACAUACUCAAGAAAGAGGUGCUGAGCUUGCGCCAACAGCUCGAGUUUCUUAUGAUGGAUAUUGGUUCAAAUUCUGUGCAUAAGGAGCUAACUACAGUAUCAGACUGAAGUACACUGAAAGAGCCAUGGUUCAAGAGGUUUACUAUGUAUGAACGAUUUAUACUUUAAAUUUAAAAUUAAGUGAUUACUAUUUUAGGUUGGAAAUUGGUAUAAUGUUGUGUAUAUAUAUGCAUUUUUUAUUUUAUUUUUGGAUGAAAAAAACAUGGUAUAUAUAAUUUAUCUAA